CACGAGCUUAGCAUUGAUUUGACAAUUCAACGCAACCCACACGGACAACAUUGAUCAGCAUUUGGACCCAUUUUGGAACGAUUGGCACAUCCAGAUAUUCAUUGGCGCUUGGCGCGGUGACACGAGAUUUGAUACCUACCUCAUACUUGAACCCAGGACGAUUCGCUCUUCGGAACCUUUUUGCUGUUUUGUGUUCACUCCACAGUCGUUUCCCUAUCAUUAGUAUUGACUUUCUAUUCGCGCGAACAAGUAUAUAACCUUCUGGUGUCUUCUCGUGCUUAUCGCUGUUGCUUACUGCUAGUUUGGUGUCUCCCAUCAUCCUACGCAAAACGUCCGAUCGAGCCCAUCCUACCCAAACUAUGAUGCCAGGAACGCAGAAUGUUCCCAACGUCCCCUGUGAAGUCGGAAAGACCGAUCCAUGCGAGAUGAUUUCGAGUAGAGUCGACGCCAGCAACGGAGUCUUCCCCACCAAUCCACUAAGCGAAGAGUCGGAAGAGUCUCUCAGAAUCGACGGCAAUUCCACGCUGGGAGAACCAAUGCCACCGAGCAACGCGGACUCCAACGUUGAGGAUGAUGACGACCUAGAAUACGAUUCUGAUCACGGGCUGACUACCGGAAACUCAAUCCUAAAGUGGGAAGAAAACUUCCAUAAGCUUGCAGCCUUUAAGGAGAAGCAUGGACAUUGUUUAGUGCCGAAUCGAUACCCCGAGGAUCCGCAACUUGGAAGUUGGGUGUCGACCCAACGGAGGCAGUAUAAGAUUAUGAGGAGCAGUAACACAGACUCGACCGCAAUGACGGAAGAACGGGCCAAACGCCUGGAAGGAAUUGACUUUCAAUGGUCGACCAAAGAUCCGAGGCACGUACCGUGGGAUGCACGCUACGAGGAGCUCGUUGCAUUUGUGAAAAAGUACGGGCAUUCGCAAGUGCCAAUCGGGUGGGAAAAGAACAUAAAAUUGUCAAAUUGGGUAUCCACUCAGAGGCAAGAAUACAAACUUUUGAAAAAGGGGCGCUCUUCCCGUCUAACCGACAAUCGUAUCGACCAGUUGAACAAAGUCAGUUUUGUCUGGGAAGCGCAGCGUGGUGGGCCGCGAAGGAAGCGAAAAGCUUCUGUGUCCGUUCCAGAAAAGCCCAAUCCAGUGGCGGGAGUCGGUCCUGUUUCGAAUUUCGCUGCCACUAGAGGGGGACUGGCACAGGCACCAAUGGGGAAUGGUGGAAGUCUCGCGAACAUGAUGGUAAACAGCCAGCGCGUAGCUUUCGCGCAGCCGGGGUUCAAUAAUUCUAAUCCUGUUGAUCUAGCAGCCUGGUCAAUGGCACAAAUGGUGGGAUUACAAAGGUUAACCGAGAUCCAGAACGCCAUGUUCAAUCCCUGGCAAGCAUUGGCGUUCGGUGGGUUUCAAUUCAACCAACGGCAGCUAAAUGCUGCCAUGUCCCCUGCAAACACGACCAGAGGUUUGGCUUCUAUGUUUCCAAUCGCGUCGCCGAUGCCCUCGGCUAGUGGAGGUGGUGGAAGUGGCGGCGCCACACAAUUCUCCGCUUUUCCAAUGAGUAGUACGGUGUCUGCUUGGCCAUUGCAGGCUUCCGUAAUUUCUCCUGCUGUCCCGCCGCCGUCGGCUACGACGACGCUACCCAUCAACCCAUCGCCAGCCGAUCAGCAGCAACAAACCGAUUUUGUGAUGGAAAAAGGAACGGCGUUGAGUGCCAGGACCGCUGUCGCUGCUCCUACAAACCAUCCGCCUUCGUCUGCGACAACGCUUCUCAGUGAUCCAUCGGCGGCCGAAUUGCGUCGACAAGUUGAUAUUUUGUUGGCCCAAGGAGGGGUGUUGAACGACAGAACUACUACGCUUGCAGAACAACAAUAAAUAGAGCACAGACCCAUCUACGGCUUUAGUAAUGUCGUUGUUUGAAGUGCAGGUAUUAUAGAGUUGUUCUUACUUCC